AUAUUACAAAAUCUACAUUUUACUUCCUAUAGAUCUGUAAACAGAAAGUUGAUCAGUAGGCUACUUAGUAGACGUUUUGAAGACAAUCUACAACAAUGAAGUGUUUAAAUGUACUGUGUGCUGGUACUUUGAUCCUGUUAAUGGCAGGGGGUUCAUAUGGGGCGACGACCACUGGGAAACAUACUACACAAGUUGCUCCAACGACGGAGGCACCUGCGACGACCCAGAAACACACGGUGGUGACGACCCAUCCCCCAGCAAAACAAACUACUGCUGGGACGAACUCUUCCACUAUGACACCAGAAGAAGAGUGUCAGUCAAAAAGCAGUGGAUGUCAUGCCUGUUUGAAUAUGACUCAAUGCUUGUGGUGCAAGUCCAAGAACACCUGUCUGUUAUACCCAACUGGCGACAUCCUCCCUCACGCCUCCCUUUGUCCGUUGGAAGAUGCUCGCUGGGGAGUGUGUUGGGUUAACUUCAAAGUGCUGAUCAUUGUGAUGGGGUGUAUUGGAGGCCUCAUAUUCUUAGUGAUCACCAUCUGCAUCUGUAAGUGCUGCUGCUGCAAGAAGAACAAUUCAGCCAGCUAUGCUAAAGAUGAGGCUAAAGAAGACAGAAGAAAGGCGGACCGUAAGGCCAAGAGUGAUGAAAGGAGAGCCGAUAGGAAGACCAAGACAGAUGAAAUCAGGAGAAAGUAUGGAAUUGGUUUCAAAGGUCUUAUCAAGGAGGACAACCCCUACUCAAGAUUUGAUGCUUAAACUCCCCGGAACUGACCAUAAAUCAAGUCCAGAUACAUGUGCCAUGCAGUCUAUUUUUGAUACAUUGUACUUGUACAUUAUACAAAAAGUAUAUGUGCAUCAGAUGGUCAAAGUGAAUUUAAUUUUCAACUUUUGAAUUUUGUGAAAGGUUUAAAGACGGAUUGAAAUUUGAAUUAGUCAAAAAGUUAUUAUGGUUUGUUCAUUACCAGUGAAAAAUAGGUAUUUUCUAUUAGGAAAGAUUCAAAACGGGAUAAAAUUUGUUCUCAGAUGUAGAAAGUGUAAUAUGAGAUACAUUGGAAGAGUAUAAUUAUGAAUUUCAGUUCACGAGAUAGAAAACAAAGUACCCUGAAUACGUUAACAAGGUACUGUGUAUUAGGAAAGUGUGUUUUCCGCUUUAAUGUAGGUGUUUCAGCUAUACAGUGUAACCUUUCUAAUCUGACACCCUGUACAAUACAACUGUAAGAUAAGACUUGAUAUAAAAAUACACACGUAUAUUUUAUAUAGUUUCAAUUAGAAAUGACAUAACAGCAUUAUCAGGGGAGGGAUUAGACAGGGGGUAGGGUAGACAGGGGACGGGGUAGGCAGGGGAUGGGGUAGACAGGGGACGGGGUAGACAGGUUCACAUGUGUAGGGUUUGAAUCUGUAAGCUUAGUGAUCAGUACAUAAGACGUCCAUGAUAUAUGUGUCUAUUUUUUGGCGAAAUAUUUUAAAUUCUUAAUCACACAUAAGAAGAUGAUAGAAAAAUUGUUGAUAUUAAAAAAUAUAAUGUAACUGUAUACAAAUUAUAUAAAAUUUCAAGACAGUUCCAUGUACAAACCUGUACAUGCAUUUGAAAACAGUGAUCCAUGGUGAUGUUUAGGCCUAGUUGGUUUAAUAACUGAUGUAUGUCAUACAGAGAUAUCAGUAUACAUGCUAAUGAACUUACAUGUGACAAAGAGAGCUCUAUGUUAUAUAAGUGUCAAGACUAACACUAUGAAUACACACAAGCCAAUGAGCUAUGGUUUAAAAGUCCAGACUAACAAUAUAUUUUAUAUAUAUAUAUAUAUAUAUAGGCC